CUGAAAUAACAGAAGUGAUUCAUGAACCUGAAAUAGCCAAAGUAAUCUCUGAAUCUGAAAUAGCCAAAAUGAUCUCUAAACUUAAAAUAGCCAAAAUGAUUUUUGAUGAAAUAGUAUCUGAAGCUGUUGUGAUCUCUGAACCUGAAAUAAUUGCAUCUGAAUUCAAAAAAGCCUCAGUUAAAAAACGAAAAUUCAUUACAAAACUCAAUCUCGAUCAAUUACAAACAUCAGAAAAAGCUAAAAAUGAAGCCAAAGUGAUCCCUGAGCUUGAAAUAGCCGAUGUGAUCCCUGAACCCAAAAUAACAGAAAUGAUUCCUGAAUCAGAAAUAGGUAAAGUGAACUCUGAACCUGAAAUAACAGAAGUGAACCCUAAACCCAAAAUAGCUAGAGUGAUUCUUGUAUCCAAAAUAGCCAGAGUGAUCCCUGAAUCUGAAAUAAA